AUGUCGUCCCACAGCAUCGACGACAUCUUUGACAACGACAAUCAGAGCCAACAACUGUCUGGUGAAGGCCACAGCAUCGCUAGGACUCUUACAAGUUGCAAGACAGGAUCAGUGCAGACCCUUGCAUCCCAAGGCAAUCCCCCAGCUCCAUCUCGCAUUACUUGGUCAAACAAACCUAGGGGACAAAACCGGCCAGUUGUGAGGAACACCAAGAGUGUCAGGGUCCCGAUCGUCAGAAGAAUUGCUCGACAUGUUUUCAAGAACGACUCAAAGGAAGAAUUUUGUAUUGCAGUUGACCAUCACCGCAAGCAAUUUGGAGAAUCAGUGCAAUCAAGACUCGACCACCUCGGGAAAAAGUAUAAGGAGUGUGUGCGCAGCUUGUCAGGUACAGGUGCUGGAUUGUCUGCUGAAGAGUUGGCUUCGUCGGGUUUUAGCAACCCUAUUGGCGACUUCCAGAGCAAUGGUGACUGGAGCCUCAUGGAAUAUGAGGACGGUAGUUUAGUUCAGAUGAAAGUCAAACUUUUCAAUAUCAAUACCUACAAGAUUCAUGCCAUUGGCGACUACACUACUACAAUUCAAAGGCUAGGAACUACUGACUCAUAUACAACCCAAAUUGGUGAACUCGAGCAUCGUAAUCCGAAGGCCUGCUAUACACAAACCAGCAGGAAGUUCUUUACUAAACAAAUUGCAAAAAUUGAACGUCAUCAAACCCAGAUCCGUCAGAUUCAAAAUAAACUGCUCAGCUCACAUAGACAACACGAUUCAGAUAAUGCAUCUAUAUCAGCCAGCAUUCAUCAUUUUAUUGGAACGUCUCAGAACAAUCCAGUUGACAUUGACAUAUUCUUGCGUAGUAGGCUUGGUGAUCCUGCCACAAAGGGAUUCUUACCAAAGCUCAGGAGUCAUGUUCUGCCACGGUUGAAGGAUCUUAUACUCUCAGAAUCUGGGAACCCGGCCUCAGCUCCCCUUAGCACCAAUCCCUCUACAAUAAACAAUGUCGAGUGGGAGCGACCAAAUAUUCUUCAAGAAUAA